AUGAGUGUGAUUUUUCAGAGAUUCAAUAUAAAGAGGUACAAGGAGCCAAGCUCAUUCUUCUCUGGGAUACACAGAGUGGCUUUGGAACUGGCUGUGAAAUUGUCUGAAAGCUACUACCACUAUAUGGAAGAAGCCAAAAUUCCUACCUGCCGGAAACUGUCACAGCAAGAGGACUUCAAAACCAAUAUUCUUCUGAAGAAUCUAGUGUUCCAUUGCCAGAAAAGCCAGUCUCUGGCAAUUCCUGAGCCCUAUGAACAAAUGUGUGGGAUCCACAGGGAGACAAAGAAGAGCCCACAGAGUAGCUUUGCAACUGGCUUUGGGGACUUCCGAAAGCUACCAGCACUGCACUGUGAGACCCUCAUCCCUGAGCUGAAUUCAUCUGAUUCGACAGCAAGCUUCGGCGAGAACACAGAUAUAUUUCUGAGGAAAAUGGACUCAGACUUCUCACAUGCCUUCCAGAACGAACUCGCCUGUGUCAUCUGUUUGAACUACCUGGUAGACCCUGUCACCAUCUGCUGUGGGCACAGCUUCUGUAGGCCCUGUCUCUGCCUUUCCUGGGAGGAAGCCCAAAGUCCUGCCAACUGCCCUGCAUGCAGGGAACCAUCACAGAAAAAGGACUUCAAAACCAAUAUUCUUCUGAAGAAUUUAGUGACCAUUGCCAGAAAAGCCAGUCUCUGGCAAUUCCUGAGCUCUGAGAAACAAAUAUGUGGGACCCAUAGGCAAAGAAAGAAGAUGUUCUGUGACAUGGACAAGAGUCUCCUCUGCCUGCUGUGCUCCAACUCUCAGGAGCACGGGGCUCACAAACACUAUCUCAUUGAAGAGGCAGCUGAGGAACGCCGGGAGAAACUCUUAAAGCAAAUGAGGAUUUUAUGGAAAAAGAUUCAAGAAAAUCGGAGAAAUCUACAUGAGGAGAGAAGAACAGCCUUCUUCUGGAGGGUAAGUAUGAGACCGUGAGUCCUCACGACCACCUUGAGACAGGCAUGCUGACAACAUUUAUAUUAGCAACUUGAGUUGAAAUUUUCAUAUGCCAGUUUUUGUCAUGUGUUUAUUCACAGGCUGGAAAACAACCAGACUGUUCAAUAUAACGAUUGUUC